AUGGACGACCAGAAUUCCCAAGCCAAAUCUCUACGACUGGUACAGACAUGGAUGGCCGCGACUUCUAAGAAGGAUCAGAUCGUCGGCGACAUUGUAACAGCCGUCUCGAGUGCACAGUUCGCCCUCCUUGAUCUUGUUAAAUCUCUUGGGGGUUAUCUCACCUCCGAGGAAGAUGAAUUACGCACAAAGGGUGUUGGACUUCUGUCGUCCGUGCUACAUCAAGGCAAUCUCACAACAAAUCGCCAGACAGUGCAUGCUUUAACCCUAUUCUAUUGCGGGAAGCUUGAUGACACAGAGACCAUUGUUCCCGCCCUGGACGGCUUAGUUGCCUUGUCCAAGCAGCCAAACCUAUCCUCGGAGGACGCCGUAGCCGUUAUCAGGGCCAUCUUCACGUACGUCAAGAUGAAGGCCCUGGUACAAGCAGUCCGGUAUCAUGUAUUUUCCAUCGUGGACACGUUGCUCACUAAACACAGAAAAGCCCUCCAGGGUCUGGGGACUGAGUUCAUCUCGGGCUAUGUAUCCCUCGCAGAAGGUGAAAAAGACCCGAGGAAUCUACUCGUCGCAUUUGCAAUUGCGCGAGUGUUGCUCAUCGAGUUCGAUGUCUCUCAUCAUGUGGAAAAUUUCUUCAACAUCACUUUCUGCUAUUUUCCAAUUUCGUUCAGACCUCCACCUGGCGAUCCAUACGGAAUAACGGCUGAAGAUUUAAAAUCAAGGUUGAGGUACUACUGCCUGAGCGCUCACCCUUCUUUUGGUCCUCUGGCCAUACCUUUGUUUCUCGAGAAGUUGACGGCAGGCUCCCCGGUCACAAAGCGAGAUACGCUGGAAAGUAUGACCGAUUGCCUGCCCGUCUAUGGCGCGGAGUUCAUCUUCGAACACGCUAAAUCGAUCUGGAAUUCAUUGAAAAUAGAGGUGCUCCAACCAACCGAUCCUUCUACUGAAGCGACUGCUCUCGAUACCAUUAAGUCCUUUAUUCGCGUGAUUUCUUCGACCGAUGCCGGUCAAGCUGCGCCCCUGAGGGAUAUAAUAUACGAGGAAUGCGUUCAAAAGCUGCAGGAACCCGAGAAAAGCCAGGCUAAAGCAUCAAUGAAACUUUUGUGCACCAUGAUGGCAGCUAAUAGUUCAUCGUCCGAGGUCAUCGUCGCCAAAGCUCUCCCUUUGCUCUUCAAACUCUUUAAUGAUCCUACCGAAACUGCCAAUCGACCACCCGUCAUAUUACUGCUAUGCCGGGUAACUGAUGCAUGCCAUGAUGUCACGAUUCUCCUACCUUUCAAGGACGAGCUUAUGGGUGUCUUGAGUGCUGGGUUCGAGUUAUCUACCUGUCGCCAACAAACUCUUGCUCUCCUGCAAGUUAUGUUAGCAAUUCGAGGACUGCUCACUACCGAAGAGAUUGGCUACUUCAUUCGAACGUUAACUGAGGCAUUCCUGCAGCCCAGCGAAACCAACGACGAGUUCAAUGAUCGAAUAGUGACGUUCCUGUCAAUGGUGAAUGAAACUCGGCACUUGGGCGAGACCGCCCUACCCCUCCUAUUCUCCGCCCUCCCCGAUCGCCCUCUAGAACGGGAUGCUGCCGUCGAGCACAGACUAAUCAAAAGAGUGCUUGCUGCUCUUCCUACUCUAUGCACCACUCGCGAGCACUUCGAAACCCUUUACAUUCGCUUGACAACUAAAUUCGAGAUUGUGUUGUUCCCUGUAUCAGGAAAUGAUCUAGUGGACCGCGAAGCCAUAUCGGCUUACGGAUUUGCGUUGCUAAAGGCAUUAUCCACAUCCUUCGAAGCCAAGGUCGCCGGCAAUCACGUAGACAUUCCGAAAUACGAAGAACUUUUGCUGCCUCGCCUCUAUAAUUGGUUUAUUUAUUCUGCCAUCAGUACUGAUCACCAGUUCUUGGCAGCAGAACGCAGGGUAGUGUCGCUAGCUGCAGAGAUUAUUUCCAUGCUCUCACGAGCAGCUAAUCCUCAGCGCCAAAAAGCUCAGAUAGAUUCUGUUUACUCUGCCUUCUUCAAAGGAGAUCCCCACGCGAUAGCCUUUGGAUUUCCUCGAAUACCUAAAGAUGCUCGAUUCGCACCUUUCAGUGAUUCUGCUUCCGAUGCAGAAAAGAACCUAGUGCCGCUCGCAGCAGCCUGCUUCUAUCCUCUGUACCCUGAGGUUCAGUUGCCGGUUGACGAGAUUCAUCCAUUCAUAAAGUUACUGCUCAAUUGGGGUGUUUAUGAUGCCACAAAUGAACAUCAGGCACAAUCCGCUUGGGGAGUGGGCUCAUCUAUUUUGAACAAACAUAUUGAUGAUUCACCCUCUGCUAUACUGAGGCAACUGAACGAAUUUUGGAGGACCAAUGUUCUUAACAAAGACAUUGAUUAUGAACGGCGGCGUGCUUCAAUCCGUGCCUGGAUAUGGGUUGGGAAGGCGUUGCUACGCCGGGAUCAUCCACAAGCAUCACAGCUUUCUGCACAAUUGAUGGACCUGUUUGAGGAAACACCCAUUAAUCGGGAGGCAGCUUUGGCAAUUGGAGAUAGCCUUCGAACCGAUAUGGUAUUAACAAAGUCCAACCAUGCUGUUGUCAAGAUGCUGCAUGUACAAAAGUAUGUCAAUACCAUGCUGCCAUUGAUAUUAAGUAAUGUUAAUACAUCACAUCCUGCACAACUUUCAUACCUUGCUGCUCUGAGUUCCCUGCUUCACUCUGUGCCUUGUGCUAUCUAUAUCCACCAAGCCUCUGAGCUUAUGCCACUUCUCAUCUGCAGUCUUGAGUUGCCAGAUGUUGACAUUAGAGCAAACAGCAUAAACACACUGUCUGCAAUGUCUAGUAAACAAGCUACACCGAAAAUUCUAGCUCAACAUGCCUCUACCUUGAUUGAUAACAUGCUCAACAUUGGCCUAGAUUUGCUUGGAUCAUCUACACAUUUGCGGAUUGCUGCUCUCCGAUAUUUAGGGCUUUUGCCCUCUUUACUGAAUUAUUCUGUUUUGCAUCCCCACAAGGCCAGGGUGCUAUGGGGAUUGGCCAAAGCUUUGGAUGAUGCCAAGCGUAGU